CCCACCCCCGGAAUUCACCUCCGAUCCAGAUCCCCUCCACCUCCACCUCCGAGCCAGUCGCCCUUCUUCCGUGACCUCGCCUCCCCCGUCCCGUCCCACCGCGGCAGCCCCCGCUUCGCCUCUCCCGCGGCCGCCCUGCCCUCCGCACGCCGCCGUCGUCGCGGCGUCACCCCCACCCGCCCGGCAAUGUCGACGCCGCGGGCCGCCAUGCUUCCGCUCGCCAUAAUGUCCGUGGCGAGUUCGCUUGUCGUGCAUCCCGCGACGCGCCAGCGUACGGCGGGAGAACCAGGGCAAAGCUGGGGAGAACCAUCCAUCUCGGGUUCGCAGUCCCGGAGGAAUAAGCUCAGCAACUCCAUCUGCGUGAAAGCAGAAACAUUACACAAGCAUAAAGCCAGUGAAGAUGGCAAACAAAGUGUUGAAGCUGUGGAGGCCCAUCUGAUUGAUCCGCAAGAAAAGGUCGAAGGAAGUGCCAGUGUAGAUACCAAGAAGAGCUUAUUCAAGAAUUGGCCAUUGAUGUCUUCCAUAAUUGUUUAUUGCAUCUUCUCCUAUCAUGACAUGGCCUAUACAGAGGAGGAUGCCCGAGCUGACCAGGAGGACACCCUUCUGCACCUCGGCCACCACACAAGGUUAACACUUGGAGACUCUCGAGCUAUGAGCAGCGAGCUGUUGCUGCCGCCGCCGGAUGCUCCAGCGGCGAAACCUCCGUCGAUUCCCUCCACGGCCACUACCACUACCCUAGCUACCGCCGCCGACGGAACCACCACCAUAUCCUUGCUCGGCCAAGACCAGCUCCUUGAGAUCUUCCUCCGCCUGCCGAGCCUGCCGGCCCUCGUCCGCUCCACGCUCACUUGCCGCUCGUGGCUUGGCGCCGUCCGCUCCUCUCGCUCCUUUUGCAACCUCUUCCACGCCCUCCACCUAGCGCCCCUCAUCGCGAUCUUCCUCGAUGUCGACGAAGGCAAUGUCCGCUUGUUCGCCCCCUUCAGCCGCUCAGAUCCCAACGUCAAUAAGGACAUUACAUUGGGAGAUUAACGCAAUUUUUACUUUUCAUUUUUCUUAUUAUUGGAGUGAGGAUGUUAGAAUGAGGAACUGUAUGAUUGUAGAUAUGGCAACAGUGUAAUAGUAUAAUCAGGAAUAACGACAUUUCCAUCACUAUUGUGUUUUCUUGAAUUGUAUGCAUGAAAUGGAAUUUGUCAA